AUGGCUGCUAUAGAAUCACUUGAUAAAGAUCUUGUACUGAUAAUUAUAGUAUCCACAAUUAAUAGCUCAAUUAAAGAGUUGACGGAGCUUACAAGUCAAUCAACCGUUGAAUUGGACUUGGGUGCAUUUUUGUCAAAAAUGAACGAAUUGGUUGUGGCCUAUACAAAAGCGUUCAACCUGGCUCCUAUAGAUGUUAAAGUAGACAAGUCAACUUUAGUUGUAUUAAUAAAAGAAAGAAAGAUUGCUGAUUUUGUUCAAGUAACAGAUGACAUAUUAAAAAUCGAAACAAAUGCCAAAGCAUUUCAAGCCAUAUUAAGCAAUAUAGCUGUGACAUCCACAUUGAAUUACGCAAAAUUACUUAUAAAGAAUAUUGAUGACUUGGGUAUUAUAUAUAGAAGUCAUAUGGAUGAAACUGGAACUGUAGCAUCAAAGGAAGGUGAAAAUGAUAGUCUAGUAGAUACGUCCAAUACCGAGAAGUAUACUAUAGAAGAAGAAAACGAAGGUAGCGAAUUUCAAGAAGGUACUGAAAGUAUUGAAAGAGCUAACAAAGAAGUCACGAAUGAAUUGGAAGAUAUAGAAGGAGAAGAUGAACAAAAACAAGAUGAAAUUGUAUUAGAAGCUGGGAAUGAUUUAGAAGGUCAAGAGGCUGAAAGCAUUAAGAAACAAGAGAAUAAUGAUAUAGUUAACGAACCAGCAGAAAAUACAGGUCUUGAAAAACCUCUAGAGAAGGAACAAGAAGACAAAGCAGAGCAAGUGGAAGUUGAAAAUGAUGAUAAAGACUUAGAGGAGUCACGAAGCGAAGAACAAGAAGAGAAUGAAAGCAAAAAAGAUGAUGAUGAUGAAGUACCACAGGAGGGGCAGAAUGAAGGGGAAGAACAGGAAGAGAAGGAAGAGCAAGAUGAAAGUAAUGAAGGAGAAAAAGAAGAAAAAGAAGAAACAGAAGAAACAGAAGAAACAGAAGAAGAGCCACAGAAGGAACAAGGUGAUCAAAGAGCCCAGGAAGAAAAAGAGAAUGCUGAAGAAGAACAACAAGAAGAAGUCCAGGAAGACUUUCAAGAAGAAAAGGCAGAACCAAUUGGGGAUAAGAAUACAAAGAACGAUAAAGGGGAACAUAGAAAGACUACUCCAGUUGAUUCUACAAAUAAUUUUCAAACCCCUGAACCUAAAUUAUCAGAGAGCAAUGCAAAAGAAGAAUUGCGUUCCCAAUCAUCCAGAAAGCGUUCCCGGUCAUUAUCAGUAUCUACUCCUCAACAACAUAAAAGGUUCCAGCACAUUGCCGUUAAUUUAAUAAAUAACAUACAGGCGCAUAGAUUUUCAUCCCCCUUUUUGCAACCAGUUAACUCCAAAGAGGCUCCUGACUAUCAUGAAGUCAUCUAUGAACCAAAGGAUUUAAAGAACAUUUUGAAGUCAAUUAAACUGAAGAAUGAACCCCCAGAAUAUCAACUGAUUAAACAAUUGAAAAGAGAUAUAUUGUUGAUGUUAGCUAAUUGUAUUAUGUAUAAUAAGUCUGAUACAGAUUUAGUUCAAUUAACUAAAAGUAUGAAAAAUGACGUGAACAAUAUAUUCAAAUUGUUCGAGGAGGCCGAACUGGAUACUAAAUAA